CAUGAAGCUUCUCUCUGUUGUAUUAUCAUCGUUGCUAUGGUGUUUACUCGACCAUGGUGUGUCUGGUGUUAGGGAUGAUGUGUCCUUGUCAGUGAAUGAAGGAGAUUCAGUCACUCUCCACACUGGUGUUAAAACAGACCAACAAGAAAAGAUUAGAUGGUAUUUUAGUGGCAUUCGCAUCGCUGAAAUUACUGGAGAUUUCAGUUUUAUCUGUACAGAUGUUCAGUGUAAAGACGCUGAUGGGAGAUUCAGAGACAGACUGAAGCUGGAUCAUCAGACUGGAUCUCUGACCAUCACAGACACCAGAACCACAGACUCUGGACUUUAUCAACUAAAGAUCAUGAAAGACAGAAGAGACAGUGAAAAGAUCUUCAUUGUUUUUGUUCAUGGUUUUUUCAGUGUUGAUACAGAUGAAGAAUCAGCGUUUGUGAUGGAGGGAGAUUCAGUCACUCUACACACUGAUGUUGAAACAAACCAACAAGAAAAGAUUAGAUGGUAUUUUAAUGACACUCGCAUCGCUCAAAUCACUGGAGAUCAGACUAAUAUCUGUACAGAUGUUCAGUGUAAUGAAGGUACUGAGAGAUUCAGAGACAGACUGAAGCUGGAUCAUCAGACUGGAUCUCUGACCAUCAUGAACACCAGUGAACCGGACUCUGGAGUUUAUCGUCUACGGAUCAUCAGCAGCAGCAACAUCAAUGAAAAUAUCUUCAUUGUUGCUGUAUAUGGAGUUUCUGCUGUUGAACGAGAUAAAAUGAAGAGAAAGUCAGUGAAGGAGGGAGAAUCCGUUACUUUGGAUCCUGGUGAAAUUAAAAACCUGAAUGAUUCAAUGACAUGGUAUUUUAGUGACAUUCUCAUGGCUGAAAUCACAGGAGAUCAGAGUAAGAUCGGUACAGAUGAUCAGUGUAAAGAGAGAUUCAGAAACAGACUGAAGCUGGAUCAUCAGACUGGAUCUCUGAACAUCACAAACACCAGAACCACAGACUCUGGACAUUAUAAACUACAGAUGAACCACAGCAGAAUCAGUAUCAUCAAGAUAUUCAGUGUUAUUGUCACUGCUGUUCCAGAUUCAACUGUUGUUGCUGCUGUUGUUGCUGCUGUUGUUGUUGUUGUUGUUCUGCUGGUGGCUGCAGCUGCUGUCAUUUACUAUCAUCUAAGGAAAUCUACACAAGCAAGACAAAAUGACACAAUGCAGCACAAUCAUGAUCAGGGAAAUGGUGUGGACUCAGCUCCCUUAUCAGAAUGGGAUGCAUUCAUCGCUGAUGAUAUUGGGACAUCACAGUAGCUUUAUUUAUUAUUUUGGUAACUAAUGCUGCGGUCGAUUUACCUCAGAAGACGAAUGUCGGAGCUGGGAAUGACGUCACACCCAAGUAGACCGUGUUCCAGUAGAGAAGUCUAAUGGAGUUCACCCGUGGUAGCAGUGUUUGGAAAAACUGAGCAUUACACCGCAUUGUGUAACUGUCUGCAGACACUCACAUACUCCAUAGCAACAUGUUCACAGAUAGAGGUUGGGCAGUAAUGAGUGUAUGACUCAAUGAUGGCAUGGAAAUAUAACAGAAGCUUUAGGAAUAUUACAGUAUUUAUAGUUUUUUAACUUUUGCUCACACAGGGAGCAGCCAUCUUGAAUUCUCAACUUGGGUUUGAGUGAAUUUCUACAUAACAGAAAUUUUGAAUAAAGCAGCACAUUACCAGCAAUAGAAAAGAUUAAAGGUGGGGUAAGUGAUUUUUCAAAAAUGCUUUAGAAAAGGCUGAAUAGCAAAACA